AUCAUCAUCAAAUUUUCCAGCCGAUCUUCGGCUGCAUGUUUCGUACAUUAGAUGGCGCAAGGAAUCCAAACGAAUGCAGUUGACGUCGUAUUUCUAUUGGCCAAAAAGGACCCAGAAUCUUCGCAUGGAUUGGCCCCGUAAUCGUGAUCGAGAGAUCUCCACGAAUCACUGGAUGGGUCCUGCACACCUAGGAGGAGCGUAUACAGGUCGCAAGUGAAGUGGUCGUGCCGGUAUCAAGGGCUCGUGCAGUUUUGGUCCAUUGUCAUAGUUUUUGAUGAGAAGCAGUAGGCGAUCUUGUGAAAUAGAUCACGUGUAUGCACGUAUCGAACGAUAAUACGUAAAUCAGGGGAACAACGAAAGCCAGUGUGAGCGGGUGGUAUAUUAGAUCGGUGCGUGUAUGCGAGCGCAACCGCGUGCGGGCGGUUCCCACACGUCCGUGCAACAAGUGUCAUACACGACAGCGCGGCGAAUAAACUGACUGUUUCGAAGAGACUUCCAUACAGACGCUGUGCAUGGUGUUCGUUGUUUCAUCGGUGAAUAGAGAGGACUACCGGCGAGGAUGGGCUGUGCGGUAAGCACCACCGGUGAGAAAGAAGCCGCAGAGAGGUCUAAGAAGAUCGACAAGGAUCUCAGAGCCGAUGGCGAGCGGGCCGCCAGUGAGGUCAAGCUCCUCCUGCUCGGAGCGGGAGAAUCUGGAAAAUCUACUAUAGUAAAACAAAUGAAAAUUAUCCAUGAAACUGGCUAUAGCAAAGAAGAAUGUGAACAAUAUAAACCUGUAGUGUACAGUAACACGAUACAGAGUCUUAUGGCAAUAAUUAGAGCCAUGGGACAGCUUAGAAUUGAUUUUGCAGACCCUAAUAAAGCGGAUAUAGCACGCCAAUUCUUUACCCUAGCUUCAGCAGCAGAAGAGGGUGAGUUAACUGGGGAACUGGUGUUAUUAAUGAAACGAUUAUGGCAGGAUGCAGGAGUACAGCUUUGUUUCACACGUAGUAGAGAAUACCAGCUGAAUGACUCAGCAGCAUACUACCUUAAUGCUUUAGAUCGCAUAGCACAACCUAAUUACAUUCCUACCCAGCAAGAUGUUCUCAGAACACGUGUAAAAACUACAGGAAUAGUAGAAACACAUUUUUCAUUUAAGGGCCUACACUUUAAAAUGUUUGAUGUUGGUGGUCAAAGAUCAGAGAGAAAAAAGUGGAUACACUGUUUUGAAGGUGUUACUGCCAUUAUAUUUUGUGUUGCGCUAAGCGGCUAUGACUUAGUUCUUGCAGAAGAUGAAGAAAUGAACAGAAUGAUAGAAUCAAUGAAACUAUUUGAUUCCAUCUGCAAUAGCAAAUGGUUCGUUGAAACGUCAAUUAUUUUAUUUCUAAACAAAAAAGAUCUUUUUGAAGAGAAGAUCACCAGGAGCCCCUUAACUAUUUGUUUCCCAGAGUAUAAAGGUGCCAACACGUACGAAGAAUGUGCUUCUUACAUUCAAAUGAAAUUCGAGAAUUUGAACAAAAGGAAAGAUCAGAAACAAAUUUAUACACAUUUUACAUGUGCCACAGACACAUCUAAUAUACAAUUUGUUUUUGAUGCUGUAACUGAUGUUAUCAUCAAAAACAACUUGAGCAAUUGUGGUUUAUUAAGUUAAACAUUCCAAUACUCUAUUGAAUUGAAGAAAAAAAAAAGAACAGUAGAUUGACGUCUAAGGUUAAUAAGCCUGUAUGUAAAUGCACAAAGGAUAUACAUGAGACUGAACAAACAUUUUUUAAAACAGAUAUAUUCUGUAUAUCAACGUGUAUUCCAUUUACUCAGUGUUUUCACUUUGGCAUUUUAUUGACCAUUACAAUCUUUUGGUUUAGUAUUAUGGAAUAAUUUGCUAGAAUUCGUAUUUUUUUUCUACUGAAAACUUCGUAACAUUUCGACUAAUUUUUAACUUAUUUUAUACUGUUUUAUACAGCAACUGAUAUUCAAAUGGAACAUUACAAAAUUACAAAACUUAAGAUUUAUAUAUCACGUUUUUGAUAAUAAAGGCAGAUACUAUUUACAAAUGAAAAAAAAAUCUGGUUUCUGCUAACUGUAGUAUAUUAAUCAAAAACUAAUUAGCUAAUAAUUUAGUGAUAUAUUUUUGUAUAUAAUUUAUUCACGGAAUGAACUAUGUUUAUGCUAAAUGGAAGUAUAUUUCCAUAAUUGUGCUCGAAGUCACUAAUUUUUUCCCUCGUAAAUGUUCGUAUUCCAAUGACAGACACAGCUCUCUGUGUUUACAACAGAUAUUUAUACAAAUUAGAUUUGAUACAAAUUUUUGCACAACAUUUUUACACGUAUUAUUAAAUAAUGUUUAAAGAGCUGUUAUUGCUCUACCUGCAAAACAAAUGACAAUAUUAGAAUUACUUACAAAUUGAGAAAUCAAUUUCAUUAUAAUACUAAAAUAAAUAAAUAAAAAGAAAUUUUAUAAGAUUAAAUAUUUUUUUAAAAUUCUGUGCUUCGUGUUGUGAAAUAUAAAGCAAUAUUUUAAUAAAUUAAAAUAAAGUACGUUUGGUUCACUUAGAGAAUACUGGGAAAACUUUUUUUUUACUAAAGCCAUUUCUAUUUACAUUCUUUUUAAAUUAAAUACACGAUUCAAUUACAAAAAUUCCUGAAUUCAUGUUUAGGUUUUAAAAUAUAAGACUUUGUAUGUAUUGAAACCGAAUUUUUUUGUUUCGUAAAAUUGUAUCUUUAGAAGAGAAACAUUUUUAGAAGUAAAAAGCGCUCACAUAUCAAGUACUUAUAUCGAAUUGUGAAAAAUAAUUAAAAAUGUUUUUUUCGUUGUGUAAACAUAGAAUCUCAUUUUACUUGUAUCUUGCAUUGAUGUUUUAUGUUAUAUGUAUAUGUACAAUAAUACAAUACAUGAAGCUACAAAAUAUA